GGGGGGAAAGAAGGAGCCGGAGGCAGAUUGUGGGAGCGCGCGCGGGAGGGCGGGCGGCGACGGAGCUACCAGCGGCUCCGCACUGCUGUAUGAAAUAUGGGAGACGACAGACCGUUUGUGUGCAAUGCCCCAGGCUGUGGACAGAGAUUUACAAACGAGGACCACCUGGCAGUUCAUAAACACAAGCAUGAGAUGACAUUGAAAUUUGGCCCAGCCCGAACUGACUCAGUCAUCAUUGCAGAUCAAACUCCUACUCCGACUAGAUUCCUGAAGAACUGUGAGGAGGUGGGGCUCUUCAAUGAACUCGCUAGCUCCUUUGAACAUGAAUUCAAGAAAGCUUCCGAUGACGAUGAGAAAAAGACUGCUGCUGGGCCCCUUGACAUGUCUCUGCCUUCCACACCAGAUAUCAAAAUCAAAGAAGAAGAGCCAGUGGAGGUAGACUCAUCCCCACCCGACAGCCCUGCCUCUAGUGCCUGCACCCCACCACUCAAGGAGAAGGAGGUUGCCCCAAAGCCUGUCGUGCUCUCUACCCCCACGCCCACCAUCGUACGCCCUGGCUCCCUGCCUCUCCACUUGGGCUAUGAUCCUCUUCACCCAACCCUUCCCUCCCCAACCUCCGUCAUCACUCAGGCUCCACCAUCAAACAGGCAACUGGGGUCUCCCACUGGCUCCCUCCCUCUCGUCAUGCAUCUUGCUAAUGGACAGACCAUGCCUGUGCUGCCAGGGCCUCCGGUACAGAUGCCUUCUGUUAUAUCGCUGGCCAGACCUGUGUCCAUGGUACCCAACAUUCCUGGUAUCCCUGGCCCACCAGUUAAUAGCGGUGGUUCUGUCUCUCCCUCUGGCCACCCUAUGCCAUCAGAAGCCAAGAUGAGACUAAAAGCCACUCUAACCCAUCAGGUCUCUUCAGUCAACGGUGGCUGUGGAGUGGUGGUGGGCACUGCCAGCACCAUGGUGACGGCCCGUCCAGAGCAAAGCCAGAUCCUCAUCCAACACCCUGAUGCCCCAUCCCCAGCCCAGCCACAGGUCUCCCCAGCUCAGCCCACCCCAAGUACUGGGGGUAGGCGGCGACGCACAGCGGAUGAAGAUCCAGACGAGCGGAGACAGCGAUUUCUGGAGCGCAACCGGGCUGCAGCCUCCCGUUGCCGCCAAAAGCGGAAGCUCUGGGUGUCCUCCCUAGAGAAGAAGGCAGAAGAACUCACUUCCCAGAACAUUCAGCUGAGUAACGAAGUCACAUUACUGCGCAAUGAAGUGGCUCAAUUGAAGCAGCUGUUGUUAGCUCAUAAGGAUUGCCCAGUGACUGCACUACAGAAGAAGACCCAAGGCUAUCUCGAAAGCCCCAAAGAAAGCUCAGAGCCAACAGGUUCGCCAGCUCCUGUGAUUCAGCACAGCUCAGCCACAGCCCCGAGCAACGGCCUUAGUGUUCGCGCUGCUGCCGAAGCCGUGGCCACCUCGGUCCUUACUCAGAUGGCCAGCCAAAGGACAGAACUGAGCAUGCCGAUGCAGUCGCAUGUGAUCAUGACCCCACAGUCCCAGUCUGCAGGCAGAUGAUGCCUUCCCUGGUGGAGAGGUCCCCGUCAGAGCUUGCCCGCCCAAGAGCCAAGAGAGAUGUCAUCUUAUCCCCCUCCCAUCUGCCUUGGACAUGGGAAUAUGGAGGGGAAACUUGUGUGUUGUGAGUAAUGGACAGAUGUGGGGCUUUUUUCUUCAGCUACAUGGUCAUGUACGGUUGUCACCUGUACUUCGGGCCACCCAGCCCCCGAGCCACAGAGUUCAUCCCCCACGUGGGGGGUUUCUGAUGUACCUAUAGCCAAAGGCCUUUCCAGGUGGUCCGAACAAUCAGCCCUGCCUCAUGCACGUGUACCUGUCUCUUUUAACACUAACUCUUGCACUUCUAGGUUUGGGGUUUUCAGUUCCCUCUCUUCCCACUGAGCUGUGGCUGUUACCUUCUUGUUUCUUACCAGCAUGGCACUUCCUGCUAGGUAAAGGGAGCAUAACUCCCAGGGAGUCAUCCCCAGCCACUCUGUGGACUCAGGACUAUCCUCCCAGUAGCUGCUUAUUUAUCCCUUGCCCUUCCUAAAUCCAGGUUUAAGCUUUCCCUUAUGGAGAAUCUAAGACUGCCUUUGAUGUAUGAAAUAGCAAUCUUUUCCAACUUUUCCACAAACUUUAGUCCUCUUCGCCUACCAAGAAGACAAACAAAACCCAGAAGCUUCAGGAUAGUCCUUCUAUUCUGUGUCUAGAGCUACUUGGGUGCUGUUUGUCUCUGACUACCUAAUCUAGUGGGGGUCUGUCCCAUCUCUCUGCUGAGCCUUGACCCUCCUCCUGUGGCCUUACAUUACUAGAUACUGCUUGGAAGUGAAAGGGGAAGCCCCCUGGAUGCAGUUGGUUGAUUCUGUCCCCCAUCUGCCUUCACUUCUAAUCAGGGCAGGGGAGCAAUGUAAUGUAACAUUAGCUUCACCAGGUUACUGAUUAAUUGAUGCUUUUAUGUUUCACAAGAGUUUACUGGAUGAAAUAUAUAUUGUUUUAGGACAUCUUUCUGCUUCUUCCUUCUCUCUUCGUUGCUGUCCACUGUACUGCCUUUCUGUCUUCUGUGACUAGCUGAAAUACAGCCCUCGUGAAGACACAGGUAUUGGCGACGCUGCACUCUCCCACUCUUUCCACAUCUCUCGGCCUCAUCUGCUUUUCUGAUCUCGGGUCUUAUACUCACAAAUCUCCGAUCACCCCUGGUCCACUUUUUCUUCCUUCUCCAGACCUGGCAGUUUCUCCUGCACCCUUCCUGGUUCUCCAGGUUCCAGAAUAGCCUUGGGCAUCAGAGCCAAGGUCCUGGGUGGGUUUUCUUGAGGAUAAGAUUGGAUGGGUGCCGAUGGGCGGUCAGGGCACAGUACUGAUCUCAGCAGGAUCGGACUCACGGAAGGACGUGGCCUGCCUGGGAAGCAGGUGGCUUUCACUGUUAGCCACUCUUGUUGACGAGUCAGUCUGUGGAGGAGAUGGGGGUUCACCGUCUGUCCCUCCUUCUUCCUCGUUAGGGCUCCUCAUCUUCCCUUGGCUCCGAACUAUGCAAUUUCUACCAGAGCCACAGGAAGCAGUCCAAAGCCAGAGGCCUGUGGAGUGAGAGGUCAGCUUUAAUAGGCCAUCAGCAUGAAACCUUUCCAGUUGUCCUAGAGCCGUCUUGUGCCAUCUGUCCCAGCCAAACACGCCCUUUUCUCCAUCUUGCCUGCCUCUGUCUGAAACAUACAAAAUAACCACCAGCUUCCUUUCUGAUUUUGUCUUCCAAAAGUGCCACAGGGGAAUGAGAACAUGUUAGAAGCCCACAGGACCCCCUCUCCUCAGCAUUAUGUACUGGUGAGCCAAGCAGGUGACAUGUUCCGCUGCAUUUGUUUCAAAUCUCCCCUCCUGCUUUCCAGACUUAGUGGUGAACAAGCCACACCUGGUGGAGAGAAAACAGGUUUUCUUGUCCGCUACCACCAGGGACCUGCAGGAACAGCCCCUGAGGUGACUCGGCAUAGCAGGAGUCAUGGCAGAGGGUCAGGAUGCAGGUCACCACAUCCUCCAGGGGCUUCACUUGCCUUUGAAAAUUCACAGCCAUGGUUGAGCUCAAGACUUUUCCUUCGGACAGCUGCUCCUUGGAUUUUCUCCUGCUUUAAAACUUUGUUUCAUUUUUAUUGUCAUGAUUUCCCACCAGCGGCCUUUCCCUAAAGCUUGACUGAGUUUAUGGCUCCUGUGGAGCCUUCUUACGAUUCUUGACAUUUUCUUACUCCUUCAGUCAAGUGUUUUAAAGUUCAGAAUCAGUUUGUCACAGCACACAUGCCCUGCCUCACUUGUGGCCUUGGAUGGUUAAUUUAUGUAGAGCGUCUUAAUUAAUUCCUUGGCCCCCAGUUUUAAUUCUGAGUCCUUAUUGCAUUGGUACCCAUGGGAAGUUAGUGCUGGGGACCUGAGUAGAGACAGCAAUGAAAGGAGGGAAAACACGCCACUGGUCCUCAGUUGCCGUCCCUGAAACCUCUCCCACCGCCCAGUGGCUUCACUUCUCCUGUCACUGUUGCCAGACAUGCGGUCGCUCUUCCUUUGAUCUUUGCUUUCCAGACUUGUCUGAACCAGACUAAGCCCCGUGAGGUGUCACUUAGUCCUUCCUAA